AUGUUUGGCUCAUCUCCAGUCACCAUCGUGAUCACAUCUGAGGCUGACACCUGGGACAUCGAUGCCUCCUCUUGUCUGGGCUGUGGACAGUUCGUGGAUUGGGACAGGAUGCCAGAGCCACAGCAACAGGCACAUAUCCCCCGAGACAUCCUCAGCAAGACCCCGAAGGAGCUGAAGAAGCUGGCAAGAGAUGGCUACUGGGCCGCAAGCCGUACUCUGAGAGCUCAGGUCUACCACCAGCUCAUCCAGCAGGUCGCCUGCCGGCUCGUCACCCCAGACGCUCUCGUUUACAGGGAUGUGGCGAGUCGGCUCUUUGGGAAGCUGAGUGUGAGCUCCCACCCUUUGCCUGAGUUCCUGGAAGGGUGCUCCAUGCCCACGUACUGCCUCAACCUGGAAGGGGUCACCGCCUUGAAGAAGAUCCUCAUCUGUGUUGGCAACCUUUUCCCCGAUAUAACCUACAGCCCAAUCCUCCCCUCUCUGGUGGCUCUGCUGCUGCACUACAGCGAAGAUGAAGCUCAGUGCUUCGAGAACAUCUCUCGUCUCAUCGCCAGCAACGCUCCCCACACCAGCUACAUUGACCAGUCCUUCCUGGCCCACCAGGCCUCCUGCAUGACUUUUGGGGAUCUGGCCAACAAGCACUGCCCAGCAGCUCACAAACUCAUAGCCAGCACCGCUGAGAACGUCUUUGAGAUCUACUCUGAAUGGUUAUCAUGGCUGUUUCAUGACCUCCCCUUCAAUUACGCCAUCCGCGUCUUUGAUGUCUACCUGCUGGAGGGGCAGAAGGUCCUCUACCGCAUCGCUCUGGCCUUGCUGAAGCAGUACAGGCUCUCGGUGACGUCUGCCGAGCUGGAGGGGACUGACAUCAAGGCAGACCUGCAGGCUUUCGUGCAGAACAUUGCUGAGCACAUGACUGUCGACAAACUCCUAGAGAGAGCCUUUGGCAUCCGGCUGUUCUCCCGCAAGGAAAUCUGGCUUCUCCAGAUGGCCAACAGGAAGGCGUUAAUGGAGAGGGGCAUAACCAUGGUGCAGAGCAGGCAGUCCUUCCACCUGGCCGUGGACAUACAGAACUUCAGCUCCAGCAUUGUAACAGCCCAGGAGAUGCGCAUCGUCUGGUCCUGGAUCCCUGAGCGCUUCUCCCUCUUCCCCCCGCUGCUGCUCUUCUCCACCUCAGAAGAUGGGUGCAGCCUGCAGAGGUUUUACACGUGCUGCGAAGGCUACGAACCAACGGUGCUGCUCAUAAAAACAACGGAGGGGGAGGUGUGUGGGGCAUUUCUCUCCUCCGACUGGAGUGAAAGGAAAAAGAGCGGGGCAACAUCAGGCUUUUUUGGAACAGGGGAGUGCUUUGUGUUCACUGUGCGCCCUGAGACAGAGAGGUACGAGUGGGUGUUCAUCAAGAAGCCGGAGCUGGCCAAAGCCGUGCCGCGCUCACGCCAGCGGUCGCCUUCCCCCUCUCCCGUGUCCCUCUUCGGCUCCUCCCCAGACAGCCGCGGCACCAGCUCAAACCGUCUCACCGUGCCCACGCUGCAGAGGAAAGGGCGUCUCUCCCCGUUUCUGGCCAUCAGGCAUUUCCUUCUGCCUUCCAAAACAGCCUCCAUGUUCAUGUCUGGGUCUCGGGAAGGGAUCAUUAUCGGUGGAGGGGGAGGCCAAGCUCUGUCCCUCGAUGGCGACCUGCUCUGGGGGCGCACGGAGCAUUGCGAGACCUUCGACAACCCUCCGCUCUGCCAGGAGAACUUCAAAGUGCAGCUCUUAGAAGUGUGGGGCUUUCAAAACACAUAG